AUGGCGGCGGCGCUGAAGAACCUCUGGGGCAAGGUCGGCGGCGGGGCGGCCUCGUCGCAACACCCGAACGGCUUCGCCAAAGCCCCGGCGAGCGACCAGCUUUUCCCCAAGACGAACCCGGCCGUCGAUGGCGAGGAGUGUUUGCGCGACUGCGAGUCGUGCACAAUCAAGUACCCGCGCAAAUGGAGCAUUGACGAGAACGAGGACAUGUACGGCCACGUCAAGGGUUGGAGCACGCACAUGGUAGUUGCGACAGGAAAGACAGAUUGGGUCAGGGACGUGGCCGACGAGAAAGGCUCCAUCAUGGAGGCGGUGGAUAAGUGCGGCGUUAAGCCUUCGAAUGGCAAAAUGAUGCUCUCCGCCUCCGACAUGCCCGUCCCGAACGAGCACACCUCCCCAGGCACCGAAACCGCCACCACCGUCCUCCUCCUACCCUCAUUCCAAAUCUUCGACAACGUCACGCCGUCCCUCGUCCCCGCCCUCAUCCAGAAUUACGUCAACCUCUCUCCGACCAACAUGACACCCCUCAUCCACUCCGACCCGCCGCAGCAGCGCCCUGCCUCCAGCCACUCCGGCAAAUCACACAAGUCACACAAAUUCCACCACCACCACAACAGCCAUCCCGCGCCCGACCCAUCCACAUUGAUACCCCGCGACUGCCCGCACGACUACCUCAUCAUGCUGUGCAGCCACAAGACGCGAGACGCCCGCUGCGGUCAGUCAGCGCCGCUUCUGCGUCGCGAGUUCGAGCGCCACCUGCGCCCGCUCGGCCUGUACCGCGAUCUGCACGACGAGCGCCCCGGCGGCUGUGCCAUCUACUUCAUCAACCACGUCGGCGGCCACAAGUUCGCCGCCAACGUGCUGAUAUACCGCCGCGUCGGCAGCGCCGGCACCGUGGCGCCGCCUGUCGUCGAGCAGGAGAAGGCUGUGAACGGCGCCAGCAGAGAAGGAGAGCAGAACGGGAGCGCCGCUGCUCAUGCAGGCGAAGAGGCCGUCGAGGAGAAUGGGAAUGGAGAGAAGGGACCGAGCAAGCCGCCGAUCCGGGAAGCGGCGCAAUGUAUGUGGCUGGCGCGAGUGCGGCCGGAGGACUGCGAGAACAUCGUAAAGUAUACGAUAUUGCAGGGGAAGCUCGUGAAACCGGAGAGACAGCUGCGUGCAGGAUUCGACAGAGGAAGACAACUAGUCAGCUGGUAA